AUUUUCUUUGUUUUUUUUUGUCUUUUUCCCCAUCUCGACCGACGCCCUCCUCGAGAUCCGCAGUACCUCCAACAGAGUCCAGACCUCCAGCGCUUCAGCCCCCGGAAUAGAGGCAAGCAGCCGCAUUAUCUAGAUUCUGCUUAGUAUAAGCAUGGCGCCCAAGUCACCUCCCUCGCCAACCCUCUCACAACUACCUCCGGUGCCAUCGAGCCCAACCUAUUCAUACGCCUCUACCGCAAAUGCGAACCUGUCGCAGUUCAACCUGCCACUGCCGCCUCCGCCCAAACAGGCGCAUGCUGUCCUUACCAAGCACGACCUUGAAGCAUCGCAGGCCGCAUAUGCAGACCUCGUCUCCUCCGCCAAGGCCUUCCGUCUGGCCCUUACUUCACUUUCCACUGCUGCCUCCGCCUUCGGCUCUGCUCUCGAAUCUUGCGCCCGUCUAAAAGAAGCCCGCGCCGAACAGAUCGUGUCUGCUCCCUCCGAUCGAGGUGGUGGAAGUCCGGUACAAGGCGGCCAGGGUCAAGGCGGCGGUCCUCCCCCGCUGUUGAUGGCCAAUAGCUUCACCUCUGCAGCUCAGGGCACCACAAAGUCCACCUGCACGGCCGACACCCUACUCACCGUCGCUGGUUUGCAGCACCUCGUUGCCAACCACCAGCACAUCCUUUCCGAGACGGUCUACCGCUCGUUCGAGGUCCCUCUUCUCCACGAGUUAGACAAGUGGCGUGGCGCGGUUGAGGAUGAAGAGGAGAGUUAUGCGAGCGCGGUGGCCGUGCAGUCCAAGGAGAUCAGACGGUUGGAGAAGGAAGGGAUGAAGCUGCAUAAGCAGCGCAGAAGGGACGUGGCCAAGUUCCGGAGCCAUCUCGUUGAGUUGACCACUAAGUUGGAUGGUCUUACAACGCUGCAUGGCGAGCAUUCCAGGACACUCUUGAGGGAGAGUCAAGACACCAGCGCCCGUAUCGUGGAAGCAAGCUGUUCGCUCGUCCGAGCCGAAAUUGACAUUUUCGAGAGUAUGGCGCGGAAGGGCUGGACAGGUGGUGGACUUGAGGAUGUGCUGGAACAGGGUCAGGAUCUCUUCGCCAGCGAGGAUGUGAUCGCAGACAGGACCGUGGGACAUUCUGACGGCAGGUUUGGUGGGGCAGGAGGCAACAUCGUCGCAGGCGGUGCCGGCGAUGGCGGCAUAGCGAGCGGCGGCGCUGGUGAGGGAAGCGCUAUUCACUCUCCCGAUAACCAAUCGACAGUCGUCUACUCUCCCCGCACACCCCCACGAGACAAGGACACGGAGAGUGUCUUCUCUUCUGAAGGUGUCAACCGUCCGCGGGGACCACGCCCCUUCUCCCCUCAACCACAACCUCUUGCUCUAAAUCCCAAGUCCCUCUUCGGCGCCUCCGACCCUCCAUCCCCCACUGCCGGGCCCCGAGAGAACGACGAAAGAGAACAGGACGCUCUCUUCUCUCCACUCGGCAACCAAUCCCUAACCCUCCCUCUCCCCGGUAGCCACAGCACUGCUGACGGCGAUGACGACGAAGACGACGAAGCCCUCGUCUCUCCUUGGCGCGACCAAAUCCCCUGCCGCUUCCGCCCGCCUACCGAGCCGGACGAGGAACAACAACAGCAGCAACAACAGCAACAGCAGCAGCAGCACGAGAUUCGGCCGCGCAGCAACCAAAGUAGCAGCAAGCGAAGCAGCUACUCCGGCCGCCUUAGCAUCUCGCUAGGCAUCAACCGGAGCCUGACCGGCAGCUCGCUGCAGAGGCUACAGCACCCGUCUGCCGCAUCCACAUCCGCCCUUCCCUCCGAGGAGCACGAGCUGCGAGACGGGAGCUGGAGCUACAGCGGGCAACCGGGAUCGGCGGGUGGGUUGAUGAGUUUUGUGUCCGCCUCCAGAAUGGAUGUCGCCACCGCCGGCAGCAGUAGUGACGACCAGUACCACAGCCAGGACGAGUAUACUAUUCACGGCAGUCACGAAAAGCAUGGGGAGAAUAGCCAUGGCGAAAAGAAAGAGAGGGACAUGGUGGGCGAAGAAGAGAAUGAUAUUACGCCGACGAUAACGCCCAUGACCCCGCCCACGCAAACGGCGGCCACGGUAACGGCUAGUUAAGGAAAUUGGCUGUUGCCACCGUCGGCGACGAGUCACGACCACGAUGAGGUCGAUGAAGAACUGGCUCUGGCUCGGGUACCUUCUACACCAUCCUCUACUGGUGAAAGGACCAGGAGGUGGAGUAUGGAUACAGAUACCAGAACCGCAAGUCCAACGGCCGCCAGCCGUGAUCCGAGCAGGAGCCUGAUGAGCCUUGUUGACGUUGGUAAGAUUGUUGGUUUAGAACGAGAAGCAUGAAUAUGAGCAUGAACAUGGGUAUGAAGAGCACGAGCGCGAGCAGCAGGAGGCCAAGCACCACACGUACCUCCAGGGACUCCGGGGACUCUAGGGACACGAGCGCCGCGAGUCCUGUUGGGUGGAGGGAGCCAUACAAAAAGGGGUAGAUUUAGUGCUGCUGUUGGUAGGGGUACGAGUACGAGUAUGAACGAACGUACCGGGCGGUCUUUUUUGAUGGGCUGGCUGACUUGAGUUUUGCCUCUUUGGUUUACGACUGUUACGAUUACAUAGCUUUCAGGAGUAUUUGUUAUUUUGUUAGCUUGUGUUUAUUUUCGGUUUUUUUUUAUUUUAGUUUGCAUGAUGAUUUGUUUCGUCUCAC